GGCAUUUAUAGUGGAGGGAAGGAAGGCAAAAGUAGAAUACAGUGGCUCAUCUGGUUGGGGGGAGUCCUGAUCUUAUCUCUAUACCCGGGGAGUUGGGGAGAAUGUAUGAAUCCAAUGUGGAUGAUGUCGGAUACAGGCUUUGUAGCCAUUUACACUCCUGUAAGAGAGGAUGGAGUGGAGGGGUCACCUGUUUCAGCAUCGACAGAGCCGAUUGCAGUCGAGCCUGAUGUUCUUAAAGAAGUGAAGCAGAAGCUUGAUCUCGGAUCAGUGAAAUUUGAGGCAUUGUGUGACAAGGAUCAAUCUACAAAAAAGACUACUGUGGUAGGAACUCUUGAGAGAAGAACCCUCGAAGUCAAUAGAAAAAGAGUGAAGGUUAUAAAGCCUGGUUCCAAGACUUCUUUCCCGACUACUGAAAUUCGUGGAAGCUAUGCACCUCCGUUUCAUGUGGAGCUGUUCCGAAAUGACCAGCAUCGUCUGAGAAUUGUAGGAGACAGUGAGAGUGUGGUAGACCUGAUGGUGCAGUCCAGACAUGUUAGAGAUGUUAUUGUGCUUGUGAUCAGAGGCUUUGCUCAGAGAUUCAAUAGUACAUCACUCAAUACUCUCCUCAAGAUAGAACAUAAUAUGUAAGGAACCUGUAUCAAUAUUUUCAUAUAUAUCGGUCUCGAUGUUUUUGAGUGAGCCAGUCCACUCCCAUAUUUCUUUUUUCUUUCUGUGUAUGUUACCGAAAAAGAAAAAAGAGCAGUUGAGGCAUUGCAAGUGUC